CUGUGUGCUGUAACAAUAUUAUUAAAAAAAAUUAGCAAAACGUGGUCCUAUCAGGAAAAAAAUGUCCACAUUUGCAAAUACAGAUCUGCCUGGCACUUCAAAAGAUAAUUUUGAUGAUUUUUACAUCGAAGUUAAAGAGAUAGAAAAACGCGAUUCUGUUUUAACACCUAUUCAACAAAUUGAUCGUUUACUUCGUCCAGGUUCCACAUACUUCAAUCUCAACCCAUUCGAGGUUUUACAAAUCGAACCGGAGGCUACUAUCGAACAAAUCAAAAAACGUUACAGACAGCUCUCCAUAUUGGUGCAUCCAGACAAAAAUCAAGACAACAAGGAACGGGCUCAAAAGGCUUUCGACAUUGUAAAUCGGGCAUGGAAAACUUUAGAAAAUGAAACCGCACGAAAAAAGUGUUUAGACGUGUAUGAAGAAGCAAAGGAAAGGACGGACUAUAUGAUAACCGAGAAGCGUAAAAAACUCAAAAAAGAGAAUAAAUCCUUCGAAAAAAUACCCGAAGAUGAUCCAGCGAAAUACAAACACGCAAUAUACGUUAUGGCUAUGAAAUUGUUUGCCGACAUGGAACGCAGACGCCAACAAUUAGACCAACGCGAUCAAGAGGAAAGGAAAAGAAAACGUGAAGCCGAAAUCGAAGAAGAAGAAAAACGCAAAGCUGAAAAGGAAUGGCAAAAGAAUUUCGAGGAAUCGCGCCAAAGUCGUGUAAACAGUUGGCAUGACUUUCAAGCUGGGAAAACGACAAAAUCGAAAAAACAAAAACGUAUGCACGGCAUGAUGGUUCCACCAAAAUUUAAACCUGAAUCACGGUGAAUAUUUUGUGUAAGAUCGCGUAACAUUUCUUCACAUACGUAUGUGUGUGCAUACUCCAUUUCUUUUACACAAAUAUAGUUUUUAAUUUCGAUGAGUAUUUCUUUUCUCUAUUACAUUUAAGACUCAUUUUUUGGAACCUCCGACAUUUUAUGUAUUGUUCGCGCAUGUAAUUAACUUUUAUAUAAUUAAAUUUAACUAAUUGAGAAGAA